GCUCCACCUCUUCCGGCAGCGUGGUCACGCUAUCGCGACUACUUGUCAUUUUUCUCAUUAGGAUUUAGCCGCUGUUUUAUAGCUCUUUCCUAGCGACCCCGUGACCCAUAACAAACAAUGUUGUGAUUAAGCGCCGUCCCUCCAGUGAAUCGACCCAAUCAACGCGCGCCCUCCUUCUACGAAAAAAGGCAAUUAGCGGAAGGAUUCUGCAAGACUCCGCGGAGGUAUACGUGCUUUGUGUUCCAUACUGAAGCGGGACGAAGAUGGAGAAAAAGCGAUGGGAGUGCUCGGCUUUGCCCCAGGGCUGGAAAAAGGAGGAGGUUACUCGAAGGUCUGGCCUCUCCGCCGGCAAGAGCGAUGUCUAUUACUAUAGCUCUCCCAGCAGAUAUAAUAGAUCGCUUCGAGACAGGGUUGGAUGCCUUAAUAUCAACCCAAGUGGGAAGAAAUUCCGCAGUAAGCCUCAGCUUGCUCGUUACUUAGGAAACUCCAUGGAUCUCAGCACAUUUGACUUUCGUACAGGAAAAAUGCUCAUGAGCAAAAUCAACAAAAACAGACAGCGAAUGCGGUAUGAUGGACUCAAUCAAUCUAAGGGUAAGCCAGACCUUAAUACUGCACUUCCUGUACGGCAGACAGCCUCCAUUUUUAAGCAACCAGUGACAAAGGUGACUAAUCACCCCACUAACAAAGUCAAGAGUGACCCACAGAAAGCUGUUGACCAACCAAGGCAGCUCUUCUGGGAAAAGAAGCUGAGUGGGUUAAAUGCAUUUGACAUUGCAGAGGAGUUGGUGAAAACCAUGGAACUACCUAAAGGUUUGCAAGGUGUGGGUCCUGGCUGCACAGAUGAGACUCUUCUGUCUGCUAUUGCUAGUGCUCUGCAUACUAGCACUAUGCCUAUCACAGGUCAGCUUUCUGCAGCAGUAGAGAAGAAUCCUGGUGUAUGGCUUAAUACUUCUCAGCCUCUUUGCAAAGCCUUUAUGGUGACAGACGAAGACAUCAGGAAACAAGAGGAGCUGGUGCAGCAAGUUAGGAAGAAACUAGAGGAAGCUCUCAUGGCUGAUAUGCUUGCUCAUGUGGAAGAGAUUUCCAAAGAUGGUGGUGCUCCUUUAGACAAAGAUAUUGAUGACGAAGAGGAAGACCAAGACCCCAGAGAACAAGAAGCAGAUGAUGUAUAAAAAUGGUCUGCUACCUAUCAACCUCUUCUCUUCAUAAAAUACUUGCUACUGGCAACUGGAACCAGACCCACAAAGCACUGAUGCAGGGCUGGCAUUGAUACCUCAAAGAAAAGUGUGCCCUUCAUUUACACCUCUGAUCCCAAGGUCACUGUCAGCAGGCCUGAUUUUGGAUGCUGAAAUCUCUGAAGAGCCAUAAACCUUUUGAUUUUUAAGACAUUUCUUUACCAGUCAGCGUUCAUCAACCUUCUUCGUUCUACUACAAAGAAAACAUGGAUACUUUGUUAGUCCUCACAGCUGCUUUAAAAGAAAUACGUUUGUAAAAAUAUUAUUUUGGAUUAAUUUUCAAACACCUUUUGUAAAUUGAUAGUAUAGUUAAAAUCAGAGUCUAAUGAAAUUUACCAAGAGUCUACUAAAUUAGAGCUGUAACUGUAUUUUUUUGUUACUGCCUUGCCAUUUGGUAUAGUCUUUUGAAAGCUCCAACAAUGUAUUUUUAAUGAGGAAUAGUCUAAUGUCAACCUGUCGGUGUGUUCCAGUUUUCUUCAAAUGAGCUGUAGAUGAAAUAUUAAAGCCAGUAAUUCUUUUCUCUUUGUAUGCAGGCCCAGUCACUUACAUAACUUUUAAGACCUUUAGUAAACACCUUUUUUUUUUAAAUAAAGUAAACAUAAUAACUUUUUCUAUGAGAUGCACAUUCAUGUGGUUUAUAAGUCGAGCACAGAGACAGGUAAACUCUCAAGAAAACAGGUUGUUGCCAGCAAGGCUCAAAAGAUGUACCUUUUUCCUGCCUAGAGACUGUGCAACCAAAAAUAAAUAUUUCUGUGGAGAAAUACCUGUUUCCUAGUUGCAGAAAAUGUUCAGGGAUUAGUUAUCAGCAAGCGAUUGUGUGUCUUAUGUGAAAAGUCUUAAUAUUUGAAUGAAAUUGUUUUGUGUUUCAAUGGAAGAACUUUUUCAAGCUACUAAUUGCUCUUCUAACCAAGGGCUUUUUGUAACCUUUGGAAAUGUCAUUAAAAUACUAAGAACUUAAAA